AUGCCUGUAAGGAGGGAAAAAUAUAUAUUUAAAAAUUUGGGUGAUAUUUUUGGGCAUACAAACAAACAAAGUUAUUGGGCAAGGCAACAAAUUGUGAUGUAAAAUUUACGAAAAAUCAACUAAAACUAUCGAAGUCUAAACUAAAUUGAAGCGAGCAAUCAACGAGUUUGAACAAAAAAUGGUCAGUAGUAAAAUACUAUUACGAAGUUACGAUAUCGCGAAACCGCAACGUGUGCCUUAUUCCGGCCUUAUGUUCAAAUAACUUUCAAUAAUGCAUAACUAAAUAAAACAUAUACAUAUAUGGAAGAAAACUAAAUUUAAGAAUAAAGUAAAAAUAACUAUACCUAGAGAAACCAUUGGAGUAUCCUCUGAACUACAGCCUUUCUCAUGCCUGGAGGCAUAGACAUGUUAGGGAGGAUUUGUGAUGCAAAAGAAAUGUGAGUGCACAUCGUGCAGUGAUUUUAUAUGAAAUACAGAUGCUGCGUGCAAGAGCUAACAAACCGCGCGGGACUGCCCAGUCCUAAUCUUGGGGGUCCCAAUCAAUGGACGGUUUGUAUACAGAAAACAACCAAGAAAACGCUCCCGACCCGACCACCUUCAGCCUGAUAUUCAAAAUGGACGCCGCGGACUUCUGGCAGCAGGCUCGCGCACCAUUCGGCCUGCACACGGCGCUUCAUCAACACGCUCCUCCGAACCAAGAGCAGACCCAGCUGCAACAUCAGCAACAUCAGCAACAUCAGCAGCAACAACAGCAGCAUCACCACCACCACGAUCACCAUCACCAGCAUCAACAGCGCCACCAUCCAACAACAUCCAUUUCGCAACAACAGGAUCACCAGUUACCCCCCAAUGCCAAUUCAGAUGGCACGGCGAACAGCAACAGCAGCAAUAGCAACAAUCCGUCACUAAACACUAAAAUCGAGUCUAGCGGGCCUCAGCAACAUGACCACAUCCUGCAGCAUCAUCACCAUGUCGACCAGCCCUAUGGCCCCGAUUCAUUUAGGGGUCAGCUCUCGGCGCAAACCCCGCAGCUAAGUAAUCAUCACCUGCUGUUUAAUGCCGCGGCUGCUGCCGCCGCAGCAGCCCACCUCAAGUCUACAGCCCUACAGAGUAGCAUAUCGCCCCCGUCAGAUCAGUCCAACAUGCUCAGAAACUAUGGCCAUAAUUCAUUAAAUCCCGUCAUCAAGCCUAAACAAGAGCUUGACCAACAGCCGCAGCGUAUCGAAGAAAACCGCCAACAGCAGACGGAGCAGGCUUUCACUGGUGACUUCUAUGAUGCUGGUGACGGCCCAGGCAAUGGCCCGGAUGCCGAUGCAAGUGUUAUCUGCACUAGCAGCGUCGGCUCGGAUCAAUUGCAAUCAAACCAGCAGACUUCUGGAGGUCUCCAGCAACCACAAACACAUCUCCACCGGCAGAUGCCGAGUCCAGGGCCUAGAACGGUAAUGCUCAACAAACCGUUAUCUCAAGGUCAGCAGUCUCCUCAGCACUCAAUAACGCCGUCUGGUGGCAGCUCUACUCCCGAAAUAAAAUACAACAACGACAAGAUGGCCAACGAAAUUCAGCUUCAGCUAUCCCGGUCGAGCAGCGCAGCCGCGAUCAGUGAACGCACCCUUGAAGAAUGUUGGUCAACCCUGCAACGACUUUUUAUGCACAAAAGCGCCAUGCAACAAAUACAACAACAAAUUCCUCGCGUCGGGCUGGCGACGCACGGAGUUCCCGGCACGCCUAACAUGGGUGGCAAUGCCACACCCGGAACGGACACCAAGCCACACCAGUGCCAACAGUGCAUGAAGAGUUUUUCCAGCAAUCACCAGCUCGUGCAGCACAUUCGUGUCCACACUGGAGAAAAGCCGUACAAAUGCUCUUACUGUGAUCGUAGAUUUAAGCAGCUGUCCCAUGUCCAACAACACACGCGCUUGCACACAGGAGAACGCCCUUACAAAUGCCACUUGCCCGAUUGUGGUCGGGCAUUCAUACAGCUCUCCAACCUGCAACAACAUCUCCGAAAUCAUGACGCCCAAGUGGAACGUGCCAAGAAUCGUCCAUUUCACUGUAAUAUUUGUGGGAAGGGAUUCGCCACUGAGUCCAGUCUGCGGACGCACACAUCCAAAGAGCUACAGCUGCAUCUUGGUGUCUUGCAGCAGCAUGCAGCACUCAUCGGUGGUCCUAAUGCAACAUCCUGUCCGGUGUGCCACAAGCUCUUUCUUGGUACCGAGGCGCUCAUGGACCAUAUGAAACACGUUCAUGAAGAAAAAAGCCCACCUCCAAGUGGCACAGCCGCAUCACAUUUCAGUGAGAUCCUAAAUUGUACGGGUGGCAACGGCAAUGAUAAUGCAAUUGGAAGUGGACCAAUUGGUUCCCAGAGUACAUCCGAGUCCACCUGUGCAAGGAUACCGACACAUCCCCCAAUUGGGAGUGGACCAAGCCUUAGCGACACCUACCUGGGAAAACGAAGAACUGCCAAUCAUCCAUGUCCAGUCUGUGGCAAGCAUUACGUCAACGAGGGCUCUCUGCGAAAGCAUUUGGCUUGCCACGCCGAGACCUCCCAACUCCCAAAUAGUCUCCGCAUGUGGCCCUGUAGUGUGUGCCAGGCUGUUUUCACACAUGAAAAUGGCCUGCUCACCCAUAUGGAGUCGAUGCGUAUGGAUCCGAAACAUCAGUUCGCGGCUCAAUACGUCUUGUCCCGAGCUGCAGCAGAGCAACGAGAGCGAGAGAGCAUACUAGCAGCCACCAUAGCCUCCGGCAGUGCAGGUUCUGCCAGCGGAAUUGGAGUCGGUGAGGGGAGAAACGUACUACCUAUGGGUGUGACAAACUCAGGAGGAUCCAACUCAAAGUGCCCGUCACCAUCAGCCAACUCAGAAUGUUCUUCGAACGGAAGACUCUCGUCGUCAUCAACCUCCGAUCAAGAUCAAGAACACGAUCACGGCCUGAGUGAAAACGAGAACAGUAGCCACAAUAAUAUCAGCAGCACAAAUAACAACACCCUUUGCACAAUCAACAACAACAGCUGUAAUUCCAGCAAAAUGAACGAGCUGCGUCUUCCAAACUCCAGUCAGUACAAUAUGGAUACCGGGCUGCACGUCGCCAAUCGAAUGUCACUUAUGGCAGCCGCAGCCGCAGCUGUAGCAGCAUCCCGACCCCAGGAGGGUGUUGACUGCUCGAAUGUCCCCAGUGCGGCUGUCCAAGCUGCUGUGGUUAAUCUGGCCGCCGCUAUGCGUAUGAACAAUCCCAACAAUGCUUCUACCGCGCUUGUUGGCCACUCUGGGCAUCCACAUUCCCUUCAGCACCAACAGCAUCUUGGCGAACAUCCUUUGCCACACCAUCAGCACCCUCAGCAUCUUCAACAGCAGCAGACACCACAGCACCAUCAGCAGCAGUUGUCACAUUUGUUAGGGCACGGGCACUCUCACCCUGGGAACAAUUCCCAUUCUCGCCGUUCGCCGAAUAUAAAUGUUCCUAGUUUGCACAUACAAAACGAGUCAACUGCUAACGCGUCGUCCGUUGCAAUGAGCAUGAGCGUGAACAUGUUGCGUGGCUCCCUAGAACCAGACUCAACUUUAGGAGGAAUGAACCCUAUAGAGGCUCUCCAUCAUCAGCAACAGCAUCAUCACCAGGCGUCAACUUAUUCACAGCACGCAGUGGCUCCUAGCACUCAGCAAGCCCAUUCACAACACAGUCACCACCAUCCAGAAACCGCUCUCCGCAUGCACCAGCAGGCCGAAGCAAUUCUGCGCUCCCAUGAGGCGGCCUUCCGUUUGGUUGCCAAUACCGGCGUCAAAAGCGAGUCAGAGCAACGGUCUAAUGGUGGCAGUAGUAAUGGUAAUGCCAGUGCUAACAGUAACGAACAGCAUCGUUUUCCGACACAUCAGCAAGAGCAACAAGUACCGCCGAGCUCAUGAAGCUUGGCGGUCAUUGAGCUCAGUAGAAUAGGUACAGAU